UUCUCUCUUGUUGCUUUGUUCUCCCUUUCUCAUUGCUUUCUACGUCUCUGUUUCUCAAAUUUCUCAAUUGGCAUGGACAAGCCUAUUACCAUCUGUGAGUUUUCCACUUGGGGUGCUCAAAGACGAAGAUCAAAGCCUUCCCUUGUUUACAGCCAACGAUGGAAAGAUAAAGCUAAGGGGUCUCCCAACAAAUAUCAUCAUCAUCACAAGUUUGAGGGUUUGUCUGUGCUUGCUCAUGCCGUUUCACUCAUUACCAGUCCAAAUCAAUCUGACUCUGUGCUAUCUAAAGAAAAGCCACCCAAACCCAAGAGGCAGCGGAUCAAACCCAGACCCAGAGUCACUCAGCAAGCUGGUCCUCACCCACCACCUUGCUUGCCCACCCAAUUCCAGGACAAAAUCAAUGGGCUUAACGGCCAAGAUUUGAAGCUUGUUAUCCAGAAACGAUUGUCCAAAACCGAUAUUAGGCCAUACUUUGCUCGCCUUUCCAUACCAAAUGGUCAGGUGAGGAUUGACUUUCUCAGUAAAGAGGACCAUACCAUUCUGGAGCAAAGGGAAGCAAAUAGAAUCAAUUACAAAGGAAUGGAAGUCCCCUUGAUAGAGCCCAGCCUUGCAGAAUCAACAAUCGUUUUGAAGAAGUGGAAGUUGGGUAGCAGCACGUCCUACAUGCUCAGCUCUGGGUGGCAAAAGGUUGCAGUUGACAAUGGACUUGAAACUGACAACAUCAUACAGCUAUGGUCCUUCAAAGUCAACCAAAUUGUCCACUUGGCCCUUGUUAAGCUUUAGAUUUCUGAACGUGAUGUUUACUAGUUAUUUUACUGUUUCAUUUUAAAUAGAGUGUUGUUUAGUUUAUGAUAGGCUACCCAAAAAAAAAAAAGGUAUUUCUUGCAGGGAAAAAACAGUUUUUACUUUUUGAUAGUCACCCUGAUA